GGCUUGCAUAUUCAUAUAGAAUUACUUCAUUUAAACUUCUCAGGACAUCUUGUUAAAUGGGGAAGUGAUCACCCUGUAGACUAUGACAACAGGAUAUGUGAAUGAAGGAAGUCUUGGAAAAUACCGCUGUUCCAGGUGGCAUCACGAGGACAGCAGAGACGAUGAUGGGCGCCCAGAGUGCCACGAAGGAGAUGAAGAGGGCAAACAGCACAGGCUGACCCCAUUUGAGAAACUGAUGCAGGAUAUGUCUCAUAAUGAAAAGGUGGUGAAAGAAUUAACACUGGGAAAGAGAAUUGCCUUCUAUCGAGUCAGAGGAGAAAUAGGAAGUGGGAAUUUCUCACAAGUGAAGCUUGGAAUUCAUUCCCUAACCAAAGAGAAAGUUGCAAUUAAGAUUUUGGACAAGACAAAGCUAGACCGGAAGACUCAACGUUUGCUGUCUCGUGAGAUAUCCAGCAUGGAAAAGCUGCACCACCCAAAUAUCAUCAGGCUGUAUGAAGUGGUGGAGACACUCUCAAAACUGCACCUGGUGAUGGAGUAUGCAGGAGGUGGGGAGCUCUUCACUAAAAUCAGUACAGAAGGAAAGCUGCUAGAAACAGAGUGUAAAAUAAUCUUCUCCCAGAUUGUGUCUGCUGUGAAGCACAUGCAUGACAACAAUAUCAUUCACCGAGACCUGAAAGCAGAAAAUGUCUUCUAUGCCAGUAACACCUGUGUUAAGGUGGGAGACUUUGGAUUCAGCACAAUAAGUAAAAGAGAUGAAACUUUAAAAACUUUCUGUGGCUCUCCUCCUUAUGCUGCUCCUGAACUUUUCCGAGAUGAAAACUAUAUUGGCAUCUAUGUAGACAUCUGGGCACUGGGAAUCCUCUUAUACUUCAUGAUGACAGGCAGCAUGCCAUUCCGGGCAGAUACAGUAGGCAAACUGAAAAAGUGCAUUCUUGAAGGGACAUACACUUUGCCUCCCUGCCUCUCAGAAAACUGCCAGAAACUGAUAAAAGGAGUCCUUCAGCCAGUACCAACCAAGAGAUACUCUGUCAAACUGAUUAUGAACAGUGAAUGGAUGCAAGGAAUACAGUUCCCCAAACCUUUACAGACAUUUAAACUGGAUCCAAAAUAUUUAUCAGACAUCAGUACACUAAAAGAAGAAGAAAUUGAAGUGAAAAAUAUUCUGGAAGACCUUGGAAUCACAGAACAGCACAUUCAGAACAACCGGGGAAGAGACGCGCGCAGCUCCAUAACGGGGGUCUACAGAAUCGUGUUGCACAGAGUACAGAAGAAAAGGGCACUUGAAUCUGUUCCUAUCAUGUCCCAGCCAGAUCCAAAAGAAGACAACUCAAGGAAUGGAAUCACUCCUUACAGUGGCUUUAAGCACACAUCCAAGCUGUGUUCUAUUUUAUAAAAUUGCACUGCAGGCUUUAUGCUCAGCACAUUUGACAAAGGGGAUUAUUCACUUAUCCUUAAGCUUUAGUGUUCUUUUGUAAUUUUUGAAUAAACCAAAAAUGCCUCAUUUUCUUUGCAUUUGUCAAUUAACAGUGAAGCACUCAAAAACAGAGCUCUUGUGCAUUUGUUUGACCCUUUCUCCAUAUAUUUGGUAUAGCCAGUGCAAGAACCCAGUGACUGAAAAGAUCAUGAGUGGAGGGGACCUUUUAAUAAACACCAUGCUACUGCACUUAACCCACUUGGGAGAUUCUCUGCACAGGCAUCUAACUGCUAACUUCUGAAAGCUGUACCUAAGUUCAACACAACUUCACCACUGCAAACUGGGACAGCUGCAGAAACUAAACUUAAGCAGAGACCAGACUAAUCUAAUAAAUUGCAAAUUCUUUUGAACUUCCUCAUCAAAUUUAACAAGUUAAUUUUUAAAAAGCAUUUUAUUUCCUUUCAAGAAACAUCAAAGCUGUUGCUGGCUGCAGUUCCCAACUUGUCACCAUUCCAGAAGACAAAUCAGGAUUCAGUACUUUAACCCUGUAUGUGUGGGUGCCUGACUGGUUGGGCUACCAUCAGUUACCCUUCUGACACCUUCCACUGCUUGCAUGAUUCUGCCACUCUGGAACUGC